AUGUUGCGGAGAUUCUCUACCCAGUUCAAGAGGAACAAGGAUUCCAAUGGCGACGCCGAACAGCCCAAGAGCUCCAAGGAGAACAGCAAGCGCUUCUCCAAGGCCGCACAACCCGCGCGCAAGUCUUCUUCUCACGAAGAGAAGCAUGAGAAGCACGAGAAGCAGCAACCCGUGAACCGCGCCGAAGUCGUUGCUGUUUUCGAAAAGUAUGCGCAAGCUAUUCACGCCUCGCGCGAGCCUCUGCCCAACCAGACCGGCGAUGGCACCUAUCUCAAGCACGACCAGUCCUCUGGUCUGUUCAAUGACAUCAAGUCGCUCGGUUUCCGCGAUCUCAACACUGUCAAGGACUUGAUCAAGAACAAGGCCUCUGGCGAACUGAUCGAUGACAAGACCUACCUCAUGGAGCGCAUUAUUCAGCUUGUCGCCGACAUGCCCGGCCACUCAAAGAACCGUACCGAGCUCACAAAUCAGUUCUUGGAUGAGCUCUGGAACUCUCUUCCCCACCCCCUCUCUCGUGACUAUAUGGGCGAUGACUACAAGUACCGCUCCGCCGACGGCUCCAACAAUAACCCUACUCUCCCCUGGUUGGGCGCAGCUAAUACUCCCUACUGCCGCACUAUUCCUCCUCUGACCAUUCAACCCACUGGUCUCCCCGACGCGGGCCUGAUCUUCGACAGCCUGUUUGCCCGUCAAGAAUUCACCCCUCACCCCAACAAGGUGUCUAGUGUUUUCUUCGACUGGGCCUCUCUUAUCAUUCACGACAUUUUCCAGACCGACUACCGCCAACAGCACCUAAACAAGACCUCUGCUUACCUUGAUCUGUCUAUUCUGUACGGUGAUGUCAAGGAGCAACAGGACCUGAUUCGUUCUCACAAGGAUGGUAAGCUGAAGCCUGACUGCUUCUCCGAGGGCCGUCUGCAGGCCCUCCCCGCUGCCUGCGGUGUCCUGCUGGUUAUGCUUAACCGUUUCCACAACCACGUUGUGGAGCAGCUGGCUGAGAUCAACGAGGGCGGCCGCUUCACCAAGCCCCGUGAUGGCCUACCCGAGGAGGAGGCUAAGAAGGCUUGGGCCAAACGCGACGAGGAUUUGUUCCAGACUGGUCGUCUGAUUACCUGCGGUCUGUACAUCAACAUUACUCUGUAUGACUACCUCCGUACCAUCGUCAACCUGAACCGCACCAACUCGACCUGGUGCUUGGAUCCCCGUGCGCAGAUGGAGAAGGCCGGUGCUACUCCUUCCGGUCUCGGUAACCAGUGCUCUGUCGAGUUCAACCUGGCCUACCGCUGGCACUCUACCAUUGCUCAGGGUGAUGAGAAGUGGAUUGAGCAGGUCUACUUCGAUCUCAUGGGCAAGCCUGCUGAGGAGGUCAGCAUGCACGAUUUGCUGAUGGGUAUGAAGAAGGUUGAUAGCUUGCUGGACCCCGAUCCGUCCAAGCGCACCUUCGCCCGCCUGGAGCGCCAGGAGGACGGAACCUUCAAGGACGAAGAGCUCGUCAAGAUUCUGACCCACGCCUGCGAGGAUGUUGCCAGCUCCUUCGGUCCCCGUAACAUCCCUAAGGCCCUUCGUUCCAUCGAGAUCCUCGGUAUCGAGGCUUCCCGUAGGUGGCACGUUGGUUCCCUCAAUGAGUUCCGUAAGCACUUCGGCCUGAAGACUUACGACACUUUCGAGGAGAUCAACUCCGACCCCGAGAUUGCCAACAACCUGCGCCACCUGUACGAGCACCCCGACUACGUUGAGCUGUACCCUGGUAUCAUUUGCGAGGAGCCCAAGGAGCCCAUGAUCCCCGGUGUUGGUAUCGCCCCAACUUACACCAUCUCGCGUGCUGUGUUGUCUGACGCCGUCGCCUUGGUCCGUGGUGACCGUCACUACACCGUUGACUACAACCCUCGCAACUUGACCAACUGGGGUUACAACGAGUGCCGUUAUGACCUGAACAUCAACCAGGGCUGUGUGUUCUACAAGUUGGCCACCCGGGCUUUCCCUAACUGGUUCAAGCCCGACUCGAUCUACGCUCACUACCCGAUGACCAUCCCGAGCGAGAACCGCAACAUCAUGAAGAACUUGGGUCGUGAGCAGGAUUACUCCUACGAUCGCCCCGCGUUCACUCCGUCGCGCAUCAACCUCACCUCUCACCAGAACGCCAAGCUGGUUCUGGAGAACCAGAAGGACUUCAAGCCGGCCUGGAGCAGCGCUAUGGAGGAUCUGUUCGGCAAGGGCGAGUUCGAUGCUAAGCAACGCGAGGCCAUGGGCAAGGCCUUCAACACCGAGGACUUCCCCACCUUGGUCAAGAAGUUCUACGAGGAUGUCACUCUUCGCCUCAUUAAGGAGAAGGGCGCUAAGCUGGCUAAGAUCAACCAGAUUGACAUCACUCGGGACGUUGGCAACCUUGCACACGUCCACUUUGCCUCGGCCCUCUUUGGUCUGCCCUUGAAGACCGAGGAGAACCCCCGCGGCCUCUUCACCGAGCACGAGAUGUACAUGAUCCUCACCACCAUCUACUCUGCUCUCUUCUUCGACGUGGAUGCUACCAAGUCAUUCUCCCUGAACCGUGCUUCAGCUGCCGUCUCCCAGCAGCUCGGCAAUGUCAUCGAGGCUACCGUCAAGGCUAAUACCAACAGCGGCCUGUUGUCCGGUCUGCUGGACAACUUCCGUCCCCACGACAACGCUCUCCGCGAUUACGGCACUGCCGCUCUCCGCCGUCUGGAGGAGUCUGGUCUGAGCGCUUCCGAGAUCACCUGGUCCCAGAUCAUCCCGACCAUUGUCGGUAUGAUUCCCAACCAGGGCCAGGUUUUCACCCAGAUUGUCGAGUACUACACCUCGCCCGAGGGCAGCAAGCACUGGGCUGAGAUCAACCAUCUCGCUAAGGAGGAUAGCAAGGAGUCCGAUGAGACUCUCUACCGCUACUGCUUGGAGGCUAUCCGCAUCAACGGUACCUUUGGCGCUUACCGCGAGGCUCAGAAUGCCGUCACCGUCGAGGAAAACGGCAAGACCAUCGAGAUUCAGCCCGGCAACAAGGUCUUCGCCUCCUUCGUCCAGGCAAAUCACGACCCCAGCGUCUUCCCCGAGCCCAGCGAGGUCAAGCUCGACCGCCCUAUUGACUCAUACAUCAACCACGGCCAAGGCCCCAGCACUGGAUUCGGCCAGGAGAUCACCAAGAUUGCCCUCGUUGCCAUGCUGCGUGUCGUCGGUCGUCUGGAGAACCUCCGCCGCGCUCUCGGUGCCCAGGGUCAACUCAAGAAGGUCCCCCAGGAGGGCGGCUACUACGUCUACCUCCGCCAGGACGGUACAUCGUACUUCCCUUUCCCAACGUCCCUCAAGCUCCACUGGGACGGCGACUUCGACUUCUCCAAGACCCAGCCCUCAAAGAAGCACUAA